CGCCGCUUCCCUACCGGGUCCGGCGUCCGCAUCGCAUGGCCAGAAGGCGGGGAGCGAGAGGCGCUGGGACCCUCACAUGGCGUUCCAGCACCCCGUACCGUCGCGGCGCCUCGCCUUAGGGAAGAGCAAGGGAAGAACUUUAUUUGAACCGCGAAUAUUUUUUGGCCACUGAGAUUGAGUUUCCCAGUGCUUUGGCUUCCUGCCUCUUUAUCGUGGAUUUGAUCCCUGAGCUGCUCGCCUUUCUCUAACCUCCCGCGGUGCAGCCGAGAGCCCUCCCGCGCGCCUGAGUCCAGAGCAGAGGAAGGGAGGCGGCCUCCUCCUGGUUCCCCCGAAGCCCUCCCUGCGCCGCGGGUGGCCAGGAAGUAGCGGGCGGUGGCCCCGCGUCCCGGGAGCGUACAGCAAUGCAGGCGCUCAACAUCACCCCGGAGCAGUUCUCCCGGCUGCUGCGGGACCACAACCUGACGCGGGAGCAGUUCAUCGCUCUGUACCGGCUGCGACCGCUCGUCUACACCCCAGAGCUACCUGGGCGCGCCAAGCUGGCCCUCGUGCUCACCGGCGUGCUCAUCUUCGCCCUGGCGCUCUUUGGCAAUGCUCUGGUGUUCUACGUGGUGACCCGCAGCAAGGCCAUGCGCACCGUCACCAAUAUCUUUAUCUGCUCCUUGGCGCUCAGUGACCUGCUCAUCACCUUCUUCUGCAUCCCCGUCACCAUGCUCCAGAACAUUUCCGACAACUGGCUUGGGGGUGCUUUCAUUUGCAAGAUGGUGCCAUUUGUCCAGUCUACCGCUGUUGUGACAGAAAUCCUCACUAUGACCUGUAUUGCUGUGGAAAGGCACCAGGGACUUGUGCAUCCUUUUAAAAUGAAGUGGCAAUACACCAACCGAAGGGCUUUCACAAUGCUAGGUGUGGUCUGGCUGGUGGCAGUCAUCGUAGGAUCACCCAUGUGGCACGUGCAACAACUUGAGAUCAAAUAUGACUUCCUUUAUGAAAAGGAACACAUCUGCUGCUUAGAAGAGUGGACCAGCCCUGUGCACCAGAAGAUCUAUACCACCUUCAUCCUUGUCAUCCUCUUCCUCCUGCCUCUUAUGGUGAUGCUUAUUCUGUACAGUAAAAUUGGUUAUGAACUUUGGAUAAAGAAAAGAGUUGGGGAUGGUUCAGUGCUUCAAACUAUUCAUGGAAAAGAAAUGUCCAAAAUAGCCAGGAAGAAGAAACGCGCUGUCGUUAUGAUGGUGACAGUGGUGGCUCUCUUUGCUGUGUGCUGGGCACCAUUCCAUGUUGUCCAUAUGAUGAUUGAAUACGGUAAUUUUGAAAAGGAAUAUGAUGAUGUCACAAUCAAGAUGAUUUUUGCUAUCGUGCAAAUUAUUGGAUUUUCCAACUCCAUCUGUAAUCCCAUUGUCUAUGCAUUUAUGAAUGAAAACUUCAAAAAAAAUGUUUUGUCUGCAGUUUGUUAUUGCAUAGUAAACAAAACCUUCUCUCCAGCACAAAGGCAUGGAAAUUCAGGAAUUACCAUGACGCAGAAGAAAGCAAAGUUUUCCUUCAGAGAGAAUCCAGUGGAGGAAACCAAAGGAGAAACAUUCAGUGAUGGCAACAUUGAAGUCAAAUUGUGUGAACAGACAAAGGAGAUAAAAAAGCUCAAACGACAUCUUGCUCUCUUUAGGUCUGAACUGGCUGAGAAUUCUACCUUAGACAGUGGGCAUUAAUUAUAACAAUAUCUUCAUAAUUAAUGCCCUUCAGAUUGUAACCCAAAGAGAAAAUUAUUUUGAGCAAAGGUCAAAUACUUUUUUUAUUCUUAAGAUGAUGACAAGAAAACAAAUCACGUUUCCAUUAAAAAAUGACACGAGGCUGGUCCAAGUGCAGUGAUGUUUACAACCAACUGAUCACAACCACUCAACAGAUUUCUGUGUUUCUUCUCACUUCCACUGCUUCACUUGACUAGCCUUAAAAAAAUGACAUGGAAGGCCAGGCAUGGUAUCUCACGCCUGUAAUCCCAGCACUUUGGGAGGCCGAGGCUGAUGGAUCACAAGGUCAGGAGAUCAAAACCAUCCUGGCUAACACGGUGAAACCUCGUCUCUACUAAAAUACAAAAAAUUAGCCGGGCGUGGUGGUGGGCGCCUGUAUUCCCAGCUACUGGGGAGGCUGAGGUGGGAGAAUGGAGUGAACGUGGGAGGCAGAGCUUGCAGUGAGCCAAGAUUGCACCACUGCGCUCCAACCUGGGCAAAAAAGCGAGACUCCCCAUCUCAAAAAAAUUUUUUUGAAAAAUUCGUGAACCGUACUUUUAAUAUUAUUUCAGUGGAUUUUUAAAAAUCUUGUACAGAAAUCGUGUUCUUAGCUAACAGUUUUUCUCCCACACAGGUUUUCUCCCACUGUAAUGUGACUAUGUAUUGCUAGACUGAAUAAGAAAAUAACUUAAAAUAAUAUCUUCUUCCUUGAAAAUUAAGUUAAUAGUUCAAAGCUAUAAUGUGAUUUUUAUUGCACUGUUGAAAUUAGGUAAUACAGUCUCUUGCACAUGAGGUCUGUGCCACAAUCAUAAAGUUAAAGCAAAGGGAGAAGCAGCCAAGUGACGGAUGAAUGAGACUUAGAGGAAGUUGCCUGUACCGGAGCUUUGUAUGGUUCUGCCAGUUACCUUGCUGCCUUGCUGUAUGACUGGCAGGUCACAUCGCCUUUUUAAGCCUUCAUGUUUUCCUCUGUAAACUGGAGAUGAUACCUGCUCCACUUCACGGAGUUGCUGCCAGAACAAAAUGAGACAUGAGCAGACAAGCCCUUUGUACUCUAAACAGCCUCAAGCUCUGAUGCAUAAGCUCCCUAUGUCUCACAUCUCCCCUUUUGUGUUCUCUUUUCCUUUCUGAGACCCUCCCCGACCCCUGCCCAACUUUCCCCUCAUGCCUGUGUUGUAACUGGUUUCUCUAAUCAAAAGAAGAAAGUUUGGGGAACCUCA